CAGCGGAGCCGCCGCUGCUCCAUCGGCCCUUGCCGGGGCUCUGCCUCAGUUUCCCCCGCGGGGCGGCCACUCCCAGCCCGGCUCCCGCCCCGCCGCCGCCGCGCAGCGCCCCGGGCCAUGGAGCUGAUCGAGCUGCGGGAGCUGCAGCCCGAGCCGCGGCCGGGUCGGGGCCGCCUGGAGCGAACCAACGCGCUGCGCAUCAGCCCGGCCCGUCGGCACGGCCCCGGAGUGCGGCCCGAGCCCAGGCCGGCGGCGGCACCGAGCACCGGGCAUCGCUUCGAGCCCCGGCGCCGCGGGCUCCACACCUGGUGCGAUCUCUGCGGGGACUUCGUCUGGGGAGGCGGCAGGAAGAGCCUCCAGUGCUGCCACUGCAGCUUCACCUGCCACUACCGCUGCCGGGCCCUCGUGCGACUGGACUGCAGUGGCCCCGCAGGCACUGGGGAUGAGGACGAUGGCAGCGAGCAGGAGCUGGAAAAGGACACGAAUGUGGAUGAGCCCAGCAGCUGGGAGACGGCGGAGCUGGACCCGGCGCAGGUGGAGCAACGCAUCAAGGAGUACAACAGCCAGAUCAACAGCAACCUCUUCAUGAGCCUGAACAAGGAUGGCUCCUACACUGGCUUCAUCAAGGUGCAGCUGAAGCUGGCGCGCCCCGUCUCUGUGCCAGCUGCCAAGCGGGGCCCUGGAGGGCGGUCGGGGCAGCGCACGGCGGGCGUGAAGCGCCGCACAUCCUUCUACUUGCCCCGCGGCACCGUCAAGCACCUGCACGUGCUCUCACACACCCGCGCCAGCGAGGUGAUCAGCGCGCUGCUCCGCAAGUUCACCGUGGUGGACGACCCCCGCAAGUUCGCCCUCUUCGAGAGGUCCGAGAAGGAUGAGCAAGUGUACCUGCGCAAGCUGGCGGACGAGGAGCAGCCGCUGCGACUGCGUCUGCUGGCAGGGCCCAGCGAGAAGGCGCUGAGCUUCGUCCUGAAGGAGAACGAGAGCGGCGAGGUGAACUGGGACGCCUUCUCGCUGCCCGAGCUGCACAACUUCCUGCGCAUCCUGCAGCGCGAGGAGGACGAGCAGCUGCGCCGCGUCCGCCACCGCUACGCCCGCUGCCGCCGGGAGCUGCAAGCCGCGCUGGCCGCCCGCACGCCGGGAUGACGCCAACCGCACCGGCACGGCCGCCCGCCGGCGGGGGCGCG